CACAGCGACAGCCCAAUCGUAUUGAAACCCUCAAUCCACUCUGAAUCGCUGCAACACAACUGGCCGAGUGAGUUCGAGAAUAAACAAAAACAUUUCAGAAAAACCCGUUCUGCUCCCGCUCUGUGCGGAGACGCUGCUGGUUCGGGUUUGCCCGAACAUUGACCGAACUUGAAAGUCCAGUUUGUAUGUGUAUGUAGGGGAGAAGAAAAUGACACAGGAACACGACAACAAGAGAGCAGUUUUGGUGCUACAGAAUGAGCAGCUUUAUUCUCAGAGGCGCUCAUACACCAGUGAAGAUGAGGCGUGGAAAUCCUUCCUAGAAAAUCCCCUGACUGCUGCCACCAAGGCCAUGAUGAGCAUCAAUGGAGAUGAUGAUAGUGCUGCAGCUUUGGGUUUACUGUAUGAUUAUUACAAGGUUCCCAGAGAGAAGAGGACAAUACCACCAGAGAAAAAUUCCAGUACUGAGCCUGAGCACAACAAAAGAUUGCUAACCCCCAUGCAUCUCCCUCGCACUAGAAGGGGAGUGCGGUCAGGGAUGCUGUCUUCUACACAGCCAGCUUCAAUGCUGCUCUAUGAUCGUUCUGAAGGAGCCACAAUUCAAACAGGGAAUUGCAUGCUGUCUGCAACAGACCACCCAGUCAUUUCCACUGCAGAUAAUCGAGUGCAACAACUGAGAGUUUUGCCAGUCAAUCUGGUGUUGCCUGGCCACUCCGUCGGACACGAUAAAGUAAAUCAGUUUACAAACACAGACACUACUGUCACUGUCUCUGUCACAACAGUACCAACACAACCUAUUAAAACCGAAAUGAACCCUAAUAACUUUUCUGUGGGAAUGCUGCCGACAUCAUACUGCAGCGAGCCUCCUGAGCGCUCGGUCAUUCAUGAUCGAAAUCCUCAUGGUGACCACUUUGCCUCAACUGCACAGUCACAGAGAAGAACUCCAGACACAACUUUCACAGAGAAUUUCAAGGAAGGCACUCAAGAGGUAUUUGGCUUUCCUACGGAUCUCCAUGUACGAAUGCCCACUAUGAGUUCAGAAGAGUAUGCCUUUGAUAGAAUGAGAAGUACAUUUGAAUAUGUUUUGGAAGCUUCCAAAUCACUUAAACAAAAGACAGGUGAUGGAACCAUGACUUAUUUGAACAAAGGACAGUUUUAUCCCAUCACACUCAAAGAAGUGGGUUCCAAUGAAGAAAUCCAUCAUCCAGUCAGCAAAGUCAGAAGUGUGAUAAUGGUUGUUUUUGGCGAUGAUAAAAUCCGUGAUGAGCAACUUAGGCACUGGAAAUACUGGCACUCCCGGCAGCAUACUGCGAAACAGCGCUGUAUUGACAUUGCUGAUUACAAAGAAAGUUUCAACACAAUUAGCAACAUUGAAGAAAUCGCUUACAAUGCCAUCUCCUUUACAUGGGACAUCAAUGAUGAAGCUAAGAUUUUCAUCUCAGUCAACUGCCUGAGCACAGACUUCUCAUCUCAAAAAGGAGUCAAAGGGCUGCCAUUGAACAUCCAGAUUGAUACGUACAGUUACAACACUCGAAGCAACAAACCCAUCCACAGGGCCUAUUGUCAGAUUAAAGUUUUCUGUGACAAGGGUGCUGAACGCAAGAUACGUGAUGAGGAGCGAAAGCAAUCUCGUAAAAAGUCCAAAUCUAAUGAUGGCAGUUCUCAUUUAAAUACCUUCCAGGACCAAAAAUUACAGCUGAUCCCCAACUUCAAGCAGGUGGAGGCCACGAUCUUCAAGUCCAUUCCUGACCUCGUCACUCAACCAGUUCUUUUCAUCCCUGAUGUCCAGCAACGAGCUGUUCAUGGAUUCCCUGUUGGAGCUGAUGAGCUUGAAGGCGAGGGAUCAGGGCUCAAAAGGCUGUCGUUCCUGCCUGAAGAUGAUUUUGUUUCACCCAGUAAGAUCCUCAGGAUAGAAGAACCAAAUAAAGUUUUGCUUUACGUCAGGAAGGAAUGCGAAGAGGUGUUUGAUGCACUAAUGUUGAAAACUCCUUCUCUAAAAGGCCUAAUGGAGGCAAUUUCAGAAAAAUAUGAAGUACCCCUGGAUAAAAUUGCAAAAGUCUACAAGAAAUGCAAGAAAGGAAUCUUGGUGAACAUGGAUGAUAAUAUAGUGAAGCACUAUUCCAAUGAAGACACGUUCCAACUAAGCAUUGAAGAAAUUGCAGGAUCCUACAAGCUCACUCUUGCUGAAAUAUGAAGAGAAUUGUUAUCUAUUAUCUCGUUGUCAGUCCUAUGCGUUUAUUGGCCAGGCUAAUGCCACUCAAACAUUAUGGAAAUAGAGGAAAAGAGGAACAAAAUACAGUGUGAAAAUACAUAUGAUAUAUACAAGACAUACCCUGUAAGUCAAUACCAACCUUCAAAGCAAAAGUCUAUAAUAAUGCAAAAAGUGUUUAUUUGUAAUCAGCAUCAUUUGAGAUAAUAUAUUGCAAUAAAGUAACAGCUAAUCGUUCCUGUGUAAUGAUGCUUCAGUUUCCACCAAUGAUUUCUCCUGCGCUUUUUGUUCUCUAAUCCUCAAUUAAAUUCUUCAUUACUGUGACAGCUAUGUUGAUGUAAAAGAAAGAACAAAAUGCAUACAGUAUAUCAAUAUAUGUUAACCAAAGAACAGUUGCAAUAAAACCCAUGUCCUUGUUAGUCUUGUAUAUAUUAUAUAUGUAAAGAAACAAUAAGCGCAUAGCAGUGUCUUUCAGAGAUGGAGCACAACUUGGCGUUCAGGUGAUUGGUUGAACACCUUGAUGUGUUACAACGUUGUAAAAGAUGCCUCAGUGAUUGUGUAUCCUGUAUUUUUAUUAUGGAAGGUAAAUAUUGUUUUGUCUCAAUUUGUGUCUUGUCUUAAGUUCAGAGUUUAGAGAUUCGAAUGUUACAUUUUAUAACUUAAAAAUAAACUGCAGGAACUAGCAUUUGAGACAAAGCACUUGGAAGAAUGUCCCUGUUUCACUUUUACACUAACAGUGGUAAGACGCCUUUCUAUAGGUGUCAGAAUGCCUUAGCUACAGGAAAGUGCAGUGAAUGGCUGAAGAAGCCAGAGUUCAAGCCAUGUUUUUUUGUGUAUAUUAAGUGCAAUAUAUUAUCACAGAAAUAUAUAACUUUGUACAACCUUUUUCAUUGUCAUUUACAAAAAGAAAAGGUUUAUUAAGGAUGAGGGUCUGGGUCUUUACGUUUUAAAGAUAAAUUGUAUUGUUUAAUUUUAUUUAAUAAAAAAAAACCUCAACUGUACUUCUAAAUGUUUACUAUGGAACAGUUUUUUUUAAAUGUAGAAAACAGUUAAGGCUAAUUUAAAAUUGUUUUGGGACUCCUGGGAAACUGUAAAGGGUUGUUAAACCUGCAGUUUUCUUUUCCAGUAAUCUGCCAACUUGAGGUCAGGUUAGUGUUUUGUUUUAAACAAAUAGUCUGCUCUGACUACGCACUCCCUUUGACAGCAAUUUCAAUGUAUGAGUCAAUGUCUUUGUUAGUGGUACCACCACAAUGGAGCAAUUACAGAAAUGCUAGCAUUAACUUGUUCAACUCCAGGUUGCUAUGUAAAACAAGUACAAGUGCAAAUUAUAAUUCAUCCAUACUAUAUGAAGAACUCUACUGUUCUAAAAUUUAAGUGUACGUUGAAGAAUUAUGUUAAAUUUGUUAGCCUGUGGCAAAUGAUUUGAUUUUGAAUCUCAGGACCAAUACAUUCAACAUUUCUAAUAUAUUUUAUGGCACAUCCUUUUCUCUCCAAAUUGUAAAUUUGUAGUGAUCCUAUAAACAGCAUAACUGCACUCCUGUAUAUGCUAGCUGAGGUAUCUAAAAGUCUGCUGUAUAAUGUUUAUAGAAUACUGCUGGUUGCCUUUUAUCUCAAACCAAAUUUCUAAUAAAUAAUUAGUGGCUUGAAGCCUUUUUAAAGUUAAAGCCCUUGUCAGGCGCAACCAGUGCUCUAUAUAAUGUGAAACCGAAGUUUAUGGACCCAGGAUUAAAUAUCUGUAGGAUGUGCAUUGUGUGGAAAUGCUGCUUUAUAAUCACUGGGAACUUCUGCUGCUAUUCUCAGUGGAUAACGUUAGCUUCAUGGGUCGGUUACUUACUGUGGGUCAUAGUGGCAUCAUCCAAGUUCUUCCACAUAAAUGUUGGUGACAGCUCACUUACCACAUGCUAUGGCAGGCCACUCAGGGUUCUGCCAGUCAGCCAGUCCUUGAAUCAGCAAAAACGAAACUCCCAGUGGACCUUUAUAAGGGGCUGAAUUAUGUGUUUUUGGGAUCCAGAAACUUGCAAUUGAGUCCCACAGUCAAUACUUGUACCCUCCUUAUUCAAGGAAGGACGUAAUUGCAUUCAAAUGCAGUUCAGAGAAUGUUAACGAGAUUAGUACCUGAAAUGCUGGGGUGGUGGGGGGAGUCCUUUAUGAGGAAAUAUUGGGCAAGCUAGGCUUGUAUCCCCAGAGAAAGUUAAGACUGCAGAUACUGCAAUCAGAGUCGAAAAGUGUGGCAGUGGAAAAGCACAGCAGGUCAGGCAGCAUCCGAGGAGCAGGAGAGUCAAUGUUUCCGGCAUAAGUCCUUCAGCAACAUUCCUGAUGAAGGGCUUAUGCCCAAAACAUUGAUUCUCCUUGGAUGCUGCCUGACCUGCUGUUCUUUUCCAGUGCCACACUUUUUGAUUUGAAUUCCCUUAAGGUUUAGAAGAAUAAGAGAUGAGUUGAUUGAAACAGAAGAUUCUGAGCAAUCCUGAUGUAAAGUCGGAUUCUGACAGCUCGGGAUUUUGGCCUAAUCAAUGGCUCUUGCCUUAACGUUGGUAAGGAGGACAGAUUAUCAUCCCAAUUGGUCCCAAAUAUGAUCCCUCAUCUGUACCAGAACAGUUUAUUUCAGUCAAAAGGAGAGACAUGACAAGUGGAAGCAGCCCCCAUAGUUCAAAAAGUAAGUAAAUCAACCAGAAAUGUCACUUCUAAAGUGCUGCUUGUUGGAAAAAUGUGUGGGCUUCAGACAGGGAAAGACUGUGAUUCAACUGUGAUUAUCGCAAUAACAUUUAUCGCCUAGAAAAGCCGGCCACUUGGCCAAAUUACCAAUCUUUCUUCAUGGGCCUGCAGCCAAUAGUUGAAUUUUGGGAAUAGGAAAACACCAGAUGGAAGAAAUCACUAGACGUUAUUGUGUAAUGUCCUGACAAACCUUCUGUGAAAGCCACAGUGAUAUGGUGAUGCUGCCCAUUAAAAUGAUUUCUUUUAAUGCUCUACAUUUGUUAAAACAACAAGUUAUUCCUAAUACAUCUCAUCUUUGCCACUAAAACAGAAGGAUACUUAAAUGUUUUGCCAAAAGAAUUCCUCUACUUUCAAAUGUUUUUGUUAGUGCUUUAUUGUAAAGUUUUUCAAAAAGACAGUUUUUAAAAAUAAUUAUCAAUAUAUAAACCAAACAAAAGGAAACAAAUUCUUAACAUUGAAUUUACUCGGUAUAUGAAAACAUACAAAGAGCAAAUGUCUUCGUAAACAAAAUUUACUUCCAUGGCUAAGGAAAAGAAUUAUUGCAGUUUCAUUCAAUUAUGUAAGAUAAACGUAUAUCUCUGUAUAUAUAUUUUUGGUAAGAGGUCAUGCUACAAUUGAGUAUCAUUAACACUUGAAUCGCCUAUAUUUACAAUCCUAAAUUUUUCAGCAGAAAAUGGAAAAGAUCUUAUUCACAACUGUUUUUACUAUAUUAUUGAAGUGUUUUUAUUUCUGAUUUUUGUGAUAUGCAUUUGAAAAGAUGUAUUAAAACUUAAAUGUAAA